AUGCUUGAUGGAACUUUAUGGAUAGAAUACAAUAGUACAUGUAGUGGAAAUAUAAGUACUACUGGUAUCAUAAAACUGGAAUAUUCUCUACCAAUAUUAAUACUUAGUAUAAUUGCUUUAAUAUUAAAUGGAUUAUGUAUUUCAAUAUUUUCAAGACAACAUAGAAAAUCAGUUAUGAGAACGAGUUUACUUGUUUUAUCAGCUACUGAAGUACUAUUUCAUUUUUUUGUUUGUAUAGAGUAUACUACACAGCUUAUAUGUUCAUCAAAUCCACGAAUGAUAAGUCCUACAGAAUUUAUAUUAUUUGCUCUUAUCAAUUGGGGUUCUGAUUGUUCUUUAUGUACACGUAAUUGGUGUAAUGUAUUAAUUACUUCAGCUCGUACAGAGGUAGUUGUGUAUCCGAUGCGUAAACGACGUAUACUUUCACAUUCUUCAAUAAAAUUUAUUUAUGGAUUUUUAUGGAUUCUAUCUGGAUUUCUUGCUAUUGUACGUGCAUUUUAUGAUUAUGCAAUUAUUUGUAAUCCAUCAAAUAAUCAAAUGAAUAGUUUAAUUAUACAAUCGAGUGAAACAUCACUAUUACAUACAAAUACCUUAGAUUUAUCUAAUGAUUUUAAUCAAAAAACAAACCCUGUAACAUAUAUUGAUGCUUUAUUAGCUCAAUAUAUCAUUAUUAACUAUGAAGCAUAUUGUUUUUUCAUAUUCCAAGUUAUUGCACCGACAUUAAUUGUUUUAAUUAUGUCAUUUAUUAUAUCAUUUUAUGUUUCACCAUGGCGUGAUACUAAAAUUAUUGAAGUAACAAAUGUACGUCGAAGACAUCAAAUGAAAGCUACUAGAACUAUAUUAUUUUUAGCUAUUUCAUUUCUAUGCUUUCAAACACCUAGUUUUAUUUUAGUUAUUGUACAACAUUAUACUAAUUUAAAAAUUGAAUUUCAGUUAGCUAAAUUAGUUGCGGACCUAUUAUUAACAUUUGAUUCUAUUAUUAAUAUAAUGAUUUAUGCAAUUGGUUUACCAGGUUUUCGUGAUUAUUUAAAUCGAAUGUUUAUUUGUUUAUGUCCUUGGAAUAUUAGUAAUAAUAAUAUCAAUAUUGGUAACAAUAAUAAUAACAAUAGUAAUCGUAUUCUAUUAAAUUCAGUUGCUAUGCACCAAUCAGAAUUUCAUCCAAUCUCAUAUAAUAAUAAUGAUAAUAAUUCAAAAAUUACACAAUUAAAACCAACAAAUUCAUUUAAUUGGAAUAAUUAUCGUCAAGAUACUUAUUAUUCACGUAGAGACAAUUCUUUUCAGCAUAAAGAUAAUUCACAUUGUCAUUAUCAUUCAUUACGUAAUAAUAAACAACAUCAAUAUACCGAUAAUAAUAAUAAUAAUAAAGCUUGUAUUGAAAAUUCACAAUGUGAAAAUAUCAAUGAAGAUUCAUUGAGUAUUAGAGAAAGAGAAAUAUGUGACGAUAUAUAA